AUGCACCAAGAUCUUCCGGCCAGACAAAAGUCCCAGAGACUUGUAAACAAAGCCAGAGCCGAACAAGGGCCUGGUAAAUACUUCCUGCAGUUUAAACAGAAAGCGAGGACAAUCACCAACGCCAAUGAGCUACUUCCAGGCUUGAACGAUAUCCUGGACGCUUUCGAAGCAAUGCCCAUGGAUUUGGUGAAGUACAUGACGCUUUUAAAGGAAAUCGACGCCAAAUGCAUAAAUUCCAUUCCUGCCAUCAACAGACAAAUCGCCACGUACAUUGAAGACCUCCACGAGGACGGCAAGAGAGACGCUCUUUCAAGUGAUAGCAAGACACAGAGACUUGGAAGGAUCAGAAAGCGUAUCUUCGAGGUGAUUCCGUGCUUGGAAGAGAAGAUGCACGUUACUUCGGUGGCUGCAGACGUGAUGGCCAAACAUAUGCACAGAAUCAACAACGACUAUAAGGUGAUCGUGGGGAACAACGAGAUUCCUGAACUGGUCAGGUUAGGUCCUUUGAACCAUAGAGCUAUGAUCCAGGAUCCUGCUGCUGCUGCUGAAGCAGCUAAGCUGGCCCAGUCUCAGCGUCUGGAGUCUCGUAGAGAGGCUCUUGCGGCCAGAAAGGCUAAUAAGGAUGGAGAUGAGGAAGAUAACGGUAAGAGACGCCGUGGAGGUGCUGGCAGUGGACGUGAAACCACGCCUUUAGAGAACCAUGCUGGCGCCGGCGCCAACGGAGCCAAUGGCAAUGGAGUUCUGGCUGGUUCCAAGAAGCGUAGGGCUCAGGAAGAUAAGAGUCUGGUGCCUCCCGAGAAGAAGCGUGCUGGGAACAAGCCUAGAAGAGAUAGAGAAGAAGAGGGCGUUGCUGGAGCUCGUCUGGCGCUGCUGGGACCUUCUGGUGGAGAGCCCACGUACUGUUACUGUGACCAGGUUUCGUUUGGUGAGAUGGUGGGCUGUGACGGCGAAACGUGUAAAAGAGAAUGGUUCCACUUGCCGUGUAUUGGUUUCAAGAACCCUCCAAAGGGUAAAUGGUACUGUGACGAGUGUUUGGCCAAGAUGAAGAAGAAGCCAGCGAAAUAA